AUGGCCGACAGAUACUCGUUCUCGCUCACGACCUUCUCACCGAGUGGGAAGCUGGUGCAGAUUGAAUAUGCUCUGAAUGCAGUCAACCAAGGCGUCACAUCGUUAGGCAUAAAAGCGACCAACGGCAUAGUCCUUGCAACAGAGAAGAAGUCCUCCUCACCUCUUAUCGAUGCUCCGUCACUAUCCAAGAUCUCGCUGGUAACACCCAAUAUCGGCAUGGUCUACAGUGGUAUGGGUCCUGAUUACAGGGUACUCGUUGACAAAGCCCGCAAAGUGUCACAUACGAAUUACAAGCGCAUCUACAACGAAUACCCUCCAACACGAAUCCUUGUUCAAGAUGUAGCACGAGUCAUGCAGGAAGCCACACAGUCUGGUGGUGUAAGACCGUACGGUGUGAGUCUGCUGAUUGCAGGUUGGGACGAUGGCAUCGAACCGGAAAGCGAAGAGGCUAAAGCUGAGGACGCGGAAACAGAAGAAGGCAAAAAGCUAGCUGCAUCGCGUCGAACUGGUGGUAUUCAGAAGGGUGGUCCAAGUUUGUACCAGGUCGAUCCAAGUGGCAGUUACUUUCCGUGGAAGGCGACUGCGAUUGGAAAGGGCGCCACAAGCGCGAAGACUUUCUUGGAGAAGAGAUAUACACAAGAGUUGGAGUUGCAGGAUGCCAUACAUAUUGCUCUGCUGACCUUGAAGGAGACGAUAGAAGGUGAGAUGAAUGGUGACACAGUCGAGAUCGGUAUCGUUGGUGACCCAGCAAAUCAUCUGCUAGGAUUCGAGGGUGUGGAAGGCGCCGUCGGUCCACGUUUCAGGAAGCUGACCAAGGAAGAGAUCGAGGACUAUCUGACGAAUCUAUGA